GAAGGUGCGCGGCGCGGGCCCCGCGCAGGGGCGGCAGGAAACAAUAGAGGCGCCGCGGAGCCCCCGCGCAGCCCCCGCCAUGGCCGACAAGGAAGCAGCCUUUGAUGAUGCAGUAGAGGAACGUGUGAUCAACGAAGAAUAUAAAAUAUGGAAAAAAAACACCCCCUUCCUCUACGACUUAGUGAUGACCCACGCCCUGGAGUGGCCAAGCCUGACUGCACAGUGGCUUCCAGAUGUAACCAGACCGGAAGGGAAGGAUUUCAGCAUCCAUCGGCUCGUCCUGGGGACCCACACGUCGGACGAACAGAACCACCUGGUGAUAGCCAGCGUGCAGUUGCCCAAUGAUGAUGCCCAGUUUGAUGCUUCCCAUUACGACAGUGAAAAAGGAGAAUUCGGAGGCUUUGGCUCCGUAAGCGGGAAGAUCGAAAUCGAGAUCAAGAUCAACCACGAAGGAGAGGUGAACCGGGCCCGGUACAUGCCUCAGAACCCUUGCAUCAUUGCCACAAAAACUCCAUCGAGCGACGUCCUCGUCUUUGACUACACCAAGCACCCUUCCAAGCCAGACCCUUCUGGAGAGUGCAACCCAGACCUGCGCCUCCGUGGACAUCAAAAGGAAGGCUACGGGCUGUCGUGGAACCCGAAUCUCAGCGGGCACCUCCUGAGUGCGUCGGACGACCACACCAUCUGUCUGUGGGACAUCAGCGCCGUUCCCAAGGAAGGCAAAGUGGUGGAUGCAAAAACCAUCUUCACUGGGCACACGGCUGUAGUAGAGGACGUGUCCUGGCACCUGCUGCACGAGUCUCUGUUCGGGUCGGUGGCCGAUGACCAGAAGCUUAUGAUCUGGGACACCCGGUCCAAUAACACCUCAAAACCAAGCCAUUCGGUGGAUGCCCACACCGCUGAAGUGAACUGCCUCUCUUUCAAUCCUUACAGCGAGUUCAUUCUCGCCACCGGUUCAGCCGAUAAGACUGUUGCCUUGUGGGACCUGAGAAAUCUGAAACUGAAGUUGCACUCCUUUGAAUCCCACAAAGAUGAAAUAUUCCAGGUCCAGUGGUCUCCUCACAAUGAAACCAUUCUGGCUUCCAGUGGCACUGACCGCAGACUAAAUGUUUGGGACUUGAGUAAAAUCGGAGAGGAGCAGUCACCUGAAGAUGCAGAAGACGGUCCCCCUGAACUCCUGUUCAUUCAUGGUGGUCACACAGCCAAGAUAUCAGAUUUCUCCUGGAAUCCCAACGAACCUUGGGUAAUUUGUUCUGUAUCAGAAGACAAUAUCAUGCAAGUCUGGCAGAUGGCUGAGAACAUCUACAACGACGAAGACCCCGAGGGCAGCGUCGAUCCGGAAGGGCAGGGCUCCUAGGCGUACCUGCCUCCUGUUGAUUUUUAGUCUCCCCUCUCUUCCAACCCUGAGCUCGAGAUUGAUUCUUCCUUUUUUUUUUUUUUAAACACUGGUUUCGAGACACACACAGACUUUGUGUUCAGCCAUCUUUCCGUAGGUACCAUCGACGGCGCCGUCGACCCGAGCGGUGAGUGUCCGCUGAGGAUUAGCCAAAGGGCCCAGCCCUCCGGCGCCACAGAUCCCGCCCUAUUUAAAACUUCUCUCCCUGACGCUUCUUACCAGCCUCUAACACGGCCACUUGAAGUGGAACAGUCCUUUUUAUUCUCUUUCUACGCCACAACAGCCAGUCUUUUGGGCUCACUGUCAGAAUGUCAGACCGGGGGAGGAAUUGGGCCAAGGGACGGUCUGAGCUAUCGCCGUACGCGGCGCGGCGAAUUGUCAGCGAAUCUGAUCUCCUGUUCAGAGAGGAGCAGACUCUCUUCCUCCGUUAGGAAGACUCAAAGAAUCGGGAGCCCUGAUCUGAGUCUACAUCUCCGGCUUCUGCUGGGUUUGUCUUUUCCAGUCAGAAACCUUAUUGUUAUUAUUAAUUUUUUUAUAUAUAUAUAUAUAGAUUUCCGUUUUACACUGCCUUGACUUUCCCCGGAGAUUUCUCCUCCUUUACUCUCCCCCCUUCUCCCCGCUUUGCUCCUCUUCUGGUGGGAGACCACAGCAGUUUGAAAUGUUGUAGCUGUAACGGCAGUAAACAUCCGUGUUCACUUGGCAUAUAUUUUUUGCUCUCUCCCGUGUUUUCUUGAGCUGUGUUUUACCUUUUAUUUCUUUCCUUUCUGUGAAAUGGUUUUUAAAACUUGGGGCCUCCAAGUUGUAAAGAAGGUGUAUGUUUUUACCUGACAGAUGUACCACAGGCAGGAUGUCCAGUAAUCUGAGACCAGAGCAUGGGCAGCUGGUAUUCGUUUUAGAAGAAAAACAAAAUUAAAUUAAUCCCUUUAAUUUUUUUUGUUUCGUUUAUUUUGUUGUUGUUUUGGGUUUAUUUUUAGGAGUUAGUCUUUGACCACUAGUUUUACAGCAUCUAUCUCCCUGUUGGGUGAUUUGUCCCACCAGCAGUCUGUUACUCUCCGUGACUAUGUGUAAGUGCUUACGAUGAAAUAAUAAAUUGUUUUUCUACAUAAA